CCAGCAUCUGUAAUCCGGAGAGAGGGUGUCACAGUUUUGUCGAGACCUGAGGAUUAUUAUUAUUAUUAUGGACCAGUGCAGUAACGGCUCGAAGAAUAGACCUGGACUCUUCGUUCGUGCUCUUAUUAUCUUUAUUUACUACAGCUAACACACACUAUGUCACUGUUGGACGUCUUACUAUGAAAUGUUGAAUGCAGCGCUCUUUGGACGCAAAGGAUACAAUUCGUGGCGCGUCGUUUUGUUGCUGUUGUACACAAACGUGUGAGGCGAACAGCCCUGCGUGUGUGGGUAGUUUCUCAGACAGUUUGAUGAUGAGACAAUAUUUGACCAUCACCGUUAUUUGUCGCGCUAUACGCUCCAUUGCGCAUGCCUGGUGGCGGAUACGCAAAGCUGGCCGACGCCACUUUAGCUGUGUCCUGGCAGUGAUGAUGUAGGAGCAAAGAAAAGUACACGGGAGCGGAGGACUGAGCAGAGACAUGCGUCGGCAAAGUGACAGCGCGCCGAGCCAAGGAUUCGAUCCCCCGAGAUCCUUCAUGAAAUAAAGACUGUGCCAUCGAAUGAAGGAUGUCAGGGACAGCUAAUGCAGAGGCUGAAGGAGUAGUCUCCAAAGUGCAAGUGAAAAGGGAGAUCAAGACAAUCGUGGAGAACCUGGAGACCAUCCUGGGAGACCUCAAAGAUGUAGCCAAAGAGCUCAAAGAGGUUGUCCAUGAGAUUGACAACCUGACUGGUGACCUGCAACUGGAGGAGGAUGGACUGACAGACAGCUCCAAGACGGACACACUCAACUCCAGCUCGAGCGCCACCUCCACCACGACCACCGCGUCCAGCCUGGAGAAGAUGAAGCUCUUCCCGGAUGACUGCAUCUUUAAAACACCUACGUCCAUCAUCCCGCUCCCUGUCAACCCUUCUGCAGUACUGACUGUCCUCAAGAAAUCCCACCCGCCCUUACCACCACCAAGACUUCCCCCGCCAAGAGCCGAGGAGCACAACAUUAAGAAUCUGCCUCAUCCAACAUUAGUGUUAUCAGGGAACAUAUCCAAGGCUAACGGGUCUCUGUUGAGGAAUGGCGGGGUUUUCCCAUUGAAAGUAAACAGGGAUUUAUUCUCCACGAUGCCGUGUUUCAUUUCUGGUGACAGUGGGGUCUCCGAGUCUGGGUUGGUUCCCACAUUGCCCAGGCCCAUGCCCCUACUCCGUCAUGAAAAGAACAAAUGUCCUAAGGCUCCUGGUCGGGAGCCUCGAGAGAGGGAGCGUGUCCGUUUCAGCGAGAAGGUCCAGUUUCACGGCUACUGCCCAGACUGUGACCUCCAGUAUGAUGUCGACGACACAGAGCUACACCUGCAGGCCGAACUGAAUGACUUGAGGCUCAGCCCAGUACAUUGCUGCUCUUCCUCCUCCCCUCCUCCACCACAUACUCUUCCUCAUGAUCUCAUGUUGGAAAAUGGCAGCCUCUCACUCAGCCAUAGUUUCCCCCCGACAGCAAACACUCCUCCGCCUUGUGUGCCUCCUCACCCGCCUUCCCUCAAGCCCCAGAAAACAAUCCUACGCAAAUCAACCACGACCACAGUUUGACACUGAGUCCCUUCUUCUGUCUCCCUUAAACAUUCUUGAAUCAUUCAUAGUGUUUUCUACUUAAAGAGUGCUUUCUACUCCAGUUGAACUUUGGAUUAUCCAAACAGAAGGAAAGGUCGGUAAAUAGGGAAAUAAAUGGAUGGAUAAAGCGAGUGGAAUAGAGGAAAAGGCGCUGUCACGGGCGCUGAGACGUACACAGAGAGAUUGGGAAGAAGAGGGCCCAUUAAAGGAGUGGAAGGAAUGCAUGUUUUAUACACUGAUCAACCACGGUGGAUCAGGGAGGAAGGAGCCGCAGCUGAGGCCAAGCGUCAACCUUCGGUUACAGAAACAGCUCACAGGAUCAACAGGGGACAAGAUCUACUGGACAAAUUCCUACUUUUUGAGCACUCAACAUCCUACAGGCUCAUGUGCCUGUGAUGGCAGACUCACACGUACGUGUCACUUUAAUGCUUGACGUUGGGGCGGCCAAGGUUAGCAGAGCAGUGUCUGUCACGGCCAACUACGUAUCGCGAGAGUGUGGCGAUGUGAUGUCUGCCAUGUCGGCCUUUGUUGGGCGCAAUUUGUCUGACAAAAAAACCCGUCAGCAACGGGGGGAGAACAACCUUGUCCAAGAGCUCCUUUGAGCCGUGAAAUGUUUGAGCUAAACGCGUUUAAGUGAUUUGAUUAUCUAAUGCCAGUGCUUGUAUAUUUCCGCAGCGUGUUCAGAUUGGGUGAUGCUUGCACUGAGACUUGGAAAGUCAAGACUAUUCACCUGCAACCUGUAGCACUCACGAUGCGCCCCUUGUGACAGAUAGGGUUAGGGGAAGGAUUAACGGGUUUGUGUGCCGUGAGUGCUACAGGCUGCAGCCUGACCCUUCUCCGGAAAGAUACAUUAAUAAUAAGUAAAUUAGUCCUUUAUCAGUCCCACAGGGGAAAUUCCUUCUCUGCAUUUAACCCACAUUCCUAGAAUUAGGAGAAGCGGGCAGCCACUGAGCAGCACCCGGGGAGCAAUGGGGGUUGGGUACCUUGCUCAGGGGUACUCCAGCCCUUUUUUUGACCUGGUGGGGACUCGAACCGAUAACAAACCAAGUUCCCUUUCCACUUGGCCAUGGGCUGCCCAAAAGAUGAACAUUUCUCUUCUGCCACACGCAAUGCAAGCUAAGUGAAGCAAUGGACCCGCAAAGCAGUUCAGCAGCACCUGAUGCUGCUCCAUUCAAUGUGAAUGACAAGCAUUUCAGGUGACACCUCCACUGCGUACGUGUGAGUCAUCCUUUAAAGUGAAGAAACAGAGGGGGCAUUCACUCUAUGUAGAUGUAUACGGACAGGUAUACAGGUAUUUUUUAUCACGUAACACGUGAAUUAGAGAUUAGGAUGCUGCCGAAGCCCCCCCCCCCCCCCCCGUCAUCAAAAGUAAGGAUUUGAGUUCCGAUGAAGAGAUACAAGAUGGGGGUGAAAUGAUGUCAGCCAGUAUGUGAUUGAUGUCUUCACAGACUUUUUCCUCUGCGCGUACUCGGAUGGUAAUCAAUAGCUCCAGUCAAGCGAUGGAAUUUGCCUAUUAAAACUAGUAAUUAUUUGUGUCUGUAGAGCUUGACGGGUCCGUCUGUGAAUACAACACUGCUCUGCAGGACUGCAGAUGAGGAGAAAAUAAUCAUUUGUCAGUAUGUGCCAUACGCUCGAUCACUGUGGAUAUGGGGAAGACUUAUGGUGUAAAAUGAAUGAUUACGUGGUCACCGAUCUGUGUCCGGACAUUAUGUUCAUUACAUCCAAAAUCUUAAGUGCUAUGUUGGUGCCGUCCACGCUAUGUUUUUAACAUACUAACAUGCAGAAAUACAGUGCGGUGUGGCAAAGGUACAGCUUUAAAGGUUCCUUAAAUAAGUAAUAAUUUGCAUCAAAUUUUCUUUGUAUACAAAUAUACAUGGACAUGUUUGAUAUCUAUAUAUUUCAGGCACUUUUCUACAGAGACUUUAACGUUUAAAGAGAUGAUAUUUUUGAUAUUGUGUUGACUUUGACUGAGAGGAACUUUGACAGAAAGCUUACGAAUUCCUCAAGGGCACAGCGAGAUGAGUAAUUUAUGCAGUAUAUGACAAUGGGAUAGUGCUCGUAUGGAUGACAAACACAUGUUUCAGUAUGAUUACUUCAAGAAACUUAGCGGAAUGGCUGCAUUUGGAGACAGCAAAUGUACGCUGGGGAAGAAAAAUGACAUAAACCAAAUACCUAGUUGUGCUUUUUCAGACAGGAGGCAUGAAACAUGAAUGAAUGCAUGACUGACUCUUCACUUUGUACUGCCAUCACUGUGUUUUUCUAUGCAUUCCUGUGAAGAGGCUGUCUGUUGGUGGCUCCAUCAUGCAGGGGGGCUUUGCUCUCCAUAGCAAAGAGUUAAGCUCCCCCAGUCUCCUUAUAUGAUGUUCAUCAGGUUACUUCUGUCGUGAAACCUGAUUCUUAUGUAUUUUCCAUGCUGCUUAGGCCAAUGAAGAAUUUACAAUCAAAUAAUUAACACCACACUUGUUCCACGUCUUUGUUCUCACUGGACACAGAGACUGAAAUCAUGACCAAAUUUCUUAUCAAUUUGAGUGUCUGUUAUUAAAAACAAUUAGAAAAUAAGAAAUGAUUGAGAUGUCCCAGAAAGCUGAUAUUUUGUUGUAUGUCCACAAACUGUUGGGAAAAAUAAACACGAGAAGUUAACAGUUUGCACUUAACGUCAAAGUGUCUGUGUAUGUUUUAUGGACAAGUACAGAGCGCGU